AAGAAAGGGGGGGCGUUUGAGGAUGCGCCUGCCAACCGGAAGGCUCCAUUCAGACCGGGAGGACGUGCGGACCGGCCGCCGGCCGCUGAUUUGGUGCAAUGCGAACACUUGAGCGCCACGCGCAACUCCUCCUCCGCUUUCGACGCUCUCUUCCUGCUUCCUCCUCCUCGGCGGCGGCGGCGAGAGGCGAGAGGGAGAGCCACAAUCGGAGCCAGGGCGUCACCGAGCCUCCUUCAACCUCCCCCCCGUCUCACCACCAGCGGCCUGGGGAGGCGACAAGACAUAAGAGGAGGAGGAGGAGGGACACCGGCGGAUUAGCCGGCUAAGAAGCUCGGCAACAUUCAUCGCUUUGAAGCGCGCGCGGAGCUCCAGACGCCGCUUUGGACCCGGCUCGGCUCGGCUCGGCUCAGCUCACCCCCCCGGCCCCCCCUUCGCGUCUUCUGCUCGGACACAUGGCGAAAGAGAACGGCGAGUCCGGCGACGGGUCGUGGAAGAAACACGUCGACGACAUCAAGAGUGUGUUCGACUUUAAAGAAGUCCUCGGAACCGGCGCCUUCUCCGAGGUGGUGAUGGCGCGGGAGAAGGCCACGGGCAAGAUGGUGGCCAUCAAGUGCAUCCCCAAAAAGGCGCUCAAAGGGAAGGAGACCAGUCUGGAGAACGAAAUCGCCGUGCUCAGGAGGAUAAAACAUGAGAAUAUUGUGGCUCUGGAGGACAUUUACGAGAGCUCCAACCACCUGUACCUCAUCAUGCAGCUGGUGUCGGGCGGCGAGCUGUUCGACCGCAUCGUGGAGAAGGGCUUCUACACCGAGAUGGACGCCAGCCGGCUCAUCCGCCAGGUGUUGGACGCCGUCAACUACCUGCACCGCAUGGGCAUCGUGCACAGGGACCUCAAGCCGGAGAACCUUCUCUACUUCAGCCCGCAUGACGAGUCAAAGAUCAUGAUCAGCGACUUUGGCUUGUCCAAGAUGGAGGCGGCCGGCGACGCCAUGGCCACCGCCUGCGGGACGCCGGGAUACGUGGCACCCGAAGUGUUGGCGCAGAAGCCCUACAGCAAAGCCGUGGACUGCUGGUCCAUCGGGGUCAUCGCUUAUAUUCUGCUGUGCGGCUACCCGCCUUUCUACGACGAAAACGACUCCAAGCUCUUCGAGCAGAUCCUCAAGGCCGACUACGAGUUUGACGCGCCGUACUGGGACGACAUAUCCGACUCUGCCAAAGACUUCAUCAGCCGCCUGAUGGAGAAGGAUCCCGACAAGAGGUUCACGUGCGACCGGGCUCUGGAGCAUCCCUGGAUCGCGGGAGGCACGGCCCUCUGCAAGAACAUUCACGAGUCCGUCAGCCGGCAGAUGCGCAAAAACUUUGCAAAGAGCAAAUGGAGGCAAGCAUUUAACGCCACGGCGGUGAUCCGCCACAUGCGGCGCCUGCAGCUGGGCAGCAGCUUCGGCAGCGGCGUCCGCGCCGCCUCCGACCCGGACGCCGGCGGACCGCCGGCCGCCAGGGCGCCCACCAAGAGUCAGUCGGUGGACUGCGCCCCGCUCGCCGCCCGCGACGGUCCUCCGACGGCCCCCCCGGCUUCCUCCGUCCAAGCGUCCGACCGGGACUCGGAGGCCUCGUCCCCUUCGCGCCAGGAGCCGGUGGCGCCGCCGCGCCCCUCCACCGUCACCGUCAUCCACACGGGGACCAAAUGACGCCAGGUGCCGCGGGAGGUCAGCUGGGAGACGACGGAGCUUUAGGAGUGGGGGGUUGGGGGGGGGGCGUUUCCCCCUCUUGACCCUCGCCAUUCCGAGAACUCGCCCAGCUCGCCCGUCCCGCGCACAUUUCGGGGAGGAAUUGAAGGAGCUCAGCCCGGCUCGCCGAGGGAUGGAGUCCGCUCGGCGUUGCUCUCCUGAAGGCUUUGGAGAAGCGCCGCGCCCAAAAGACGGAUUUGGGGGGGGGCCGUUUCUUUUUCUUGCCUCGUCCGAGCUGCCAAUGGGCUGCUCCCGCGUACGCCUCCUGUAAAUAUUUCGCCGCCCGGAGCCAAAACGGGAAAGAAAGCUUUUGCUUGGAUGCCCUCGCCGGACGAUGACUUUGAGCUUCUUGGGGAUGCGGCGAAUUCCCCCCCGCCCCCCGCGUGUGCUGAUUCUUCCUCUCUUGCUCCGCCCUUCUCGUCAUCGGAUGCUCGGCACACGGCAGAGAAUUUUUCGCUUCGACCUAACGUGCCGGCCAACCUCCGCGGGUCGCUCGUGAUUUGUUUCGGAAAGCGACGCGGCAAAGUCCCGCUUCAAAGCGGACGCGCGGCAAACGUGGCCGCCAAUGGGAUGGCAAAGACGACGGAAGCGUUCAAAAAGGGGGGGCCGGCAACCUACGAGCAUUUUAGCUACAUCCUGAAAUUGCAGCUACUUUCCGCCCCCCCCAACCAAAAAAAAAAAAAUGCGCUUCUUUGCUUUCAUAUUGACCUGUUGAAUUUAGCCGAAAGACUCUACCCCCCCCCCCCCUUUUCUCUCACCGCAAACCGCAUAAAGACGAUUUGCUGUAAAUACAACUCCCCAAAGUUGAUUACUUUGCCGGUCUUGAAUGUUUUGUGUCGUCUUCCCUCACCGAGCAACAAAAUAGGGCAAAAAAAAAAACAAAAACAAAGAAAGACACCUUACUAAAAGCUGUGACCCCCCCCCCCCGCCCCCUAAAAUGCAUGUUGCAUGCAGAAAUGUUGUCAUGUAUUAAAAAAGCAGAAGGCUUC